AUGUCUCCCAACGUUGCCGGUCCUGACUAUUCGCCUGCCACUCCUAUCUCUCUUCCGAGGAGUAUCAAGCGGUCCUCCACCAGCUCUCUACACAGUUUGACUGGGAUCGCACCAACCGGCUCUACCCUAUCUUGUUCCCCAUCGUCAUUCGCCGGCACGUUGUAUUCCGAAGAACCACCCUCAGGAGACGGAUUGGUGGAAGGUAUCCGACACGCAAACGCUAGACUAGAUGCCAGACAGUACAAAUCAAUUUUUUUCGCACAGCAGCUGCUCGAUAUUUUUAAAGUCCUUCGCGUGCCGUCAUGGUCCAAGUCAGACAUCUCGCCUAACGCGCUCAAGAUCCAUAAAGUUUCCGGCUCUCUUACCAAUGCCGUAUUCUUCGUUUCUUCCUCGUUGACACCCACCCGCACUCUUCUACUCAGAAUAUAUGGUCCUUCUUCCGGAUCGCUUAUUUCUCGACCGCGAGAGUUGCACACUUUGCACGUCCUCUCGUCCUCUUACCACAUGGGCCCGCGCAUCUAUGGAACAUUUGAUAAUGGCCGGGUGGAGGAAUAUUUUGACUCAGUCACGCUCACCGCGGCCGAUAUCCGGGCGGAGAAAAUCAGCGAAUACAUCGGUGCGCGGAUGGCAGAGUUGCAUGGGGUAGACAUCGCCGCUAUUGAGGCACCCUCUGCGCUAACGCAGGGCGUGGAAACCUCCUGGCAGAUUGGCGCCGAAAAGAACAUUCGCUCUUGGCUCCCACCGGCGCGUCUGGUUCUUGCAUUUCCAACCAUUUCUGAAACGAUUCGGAAGGAACUUGACCUGGACGUAUUCCAAGCCAGAUGGGAGAAGUACAUAAAGUGGUUGCACGAGUUUGAGCAGCGGGAGGGGGCCAGUAAUCGGGUCUUCUGUCACAAUGAUGCACAAUAUGGGAAUCUGCUGAAGCUGAACAAAUUGAAGGAAGGAAUCCCCGAACAUCACCAGGUGCGUCUCUUUUUCCCAUUGAUCAUUGUCGUUGACUUCGAGUACGCCUCGCCCAACCCAGCUGCAUAUGACAUCGCCAACCACUUCCAUGAGUGGACCGCGAAUUAUCAUUCCUCCACGCCACAUAUCCUGCAGCCUAGGUGCUACCCGACUUUUGAACAGCGACGCAUAUUCUACAAUGCUUACCUCUCGCACUGUCAACCACCCCUUCCUUCUUCCGACUCGACGCCAUUCUCUGCGCUACCCAAAGAGGCUCGCGAGCAUGAGCUAGCCAAGCUUGAACAGCAGGUCCGCGCUUGGAGCCCCGCAUCUCACGCUCUGUGGGCUGUUUGGGGACUUGUCCAAGCUCGAGAUGAUAUUGAAGGGGAUGUGGCUGAACCGGAGUUUGACUACAUUGGUUACACCAGGUGUCGUAUGGCCGAAUUUUAUCGAGAGAUUCAAGAUUUGAAAAUAUAA